UUUUGUUUGUGCGUGAUGUUUGUGUUUUUUGACAGUUGGUAUUGUGCAUAAUAUAUUAUUGAGCAACAUUGCAGCAUCGAGAUCGAAGAAUCGAAAAGUUGGCAGCCAGGUGUUUUUCCAUCGAACUAUUCGAUCAGAAUUAUUACGACUCAUCGUGACAUCGAAUGGCAACCGACGAGUUUAUCUUCUCGGUUUCUCCUCACCAAAAUGAAAACACUGACCGAAAGUGGAGAUAAAACUAAACGCGAACACGAGCGCCUUUGUGGAGUCUGGCUGGCGCGCGAAGCUGGUUGGCGUGCGGCAAAACAAACGCGAGCUCUAAAUUCUUGCUUGUCGACAACGCCGUGAGAAGAUAAGUACUGAAGAGAAAAGAGCUUGACAGCACAUCUGGAAACUGCGCAUAGGAAAAACACAGAAAAGCACAGUGUAUUUCCGUACUUUGGACAAACGUGCCAUUUCGCGUUAAUUCGCGACGCGGAAGAGAAUUGUUCGCGUCUCUUCUCUUUCUCACUCUCUCGCUCUCUCUUGAGCGAGCUUUGUCGAUCGUGUCGGACGUCGAUUCGUUCCGGGCGCGAAAAAUUUUUUUUUUAACGCUGGGACGAAUAACGCGUUGUGACACGCGGGUAAAAACGUCCGAAGAAAGGAGAAUCCGGCCGACUCGCGUGCGCGACACGAGAUGAACAAUCGGUAGUCAUCAUAAAAGGAAGGAGGUGGACGCGACGAGAUGGCUACGACCGCGAGCACAACUUUCUCGCGGAUGAUGAAGACAUUGCGGGAAAAUGGCAAUGUCAAAGAAAAACGCGAGGUUUUAACCUAUAUCACCAGUCAAGCUAAAAAAUUGGAAUCGAGUGGUAUUAUUAAAGAAGAAAAGUACAAGGAGUUAUGUAGGGUGGUUAUAGAAGUAAUUUCGAAGUAUGAAGGCAGUAUACAAAAUGAAGCAUUAAGCGCCCUUAAUGCUAUUGUGCGAGAAUUUCAAGCACACUCUAUCAAUCUUUUUGAAGCCAUGUUACCAACAGAUAGGAGGACAAGAGUAAAAAUACUUAAAUUAUUGGAGGUAGUAGAUGACAAUGCUAUUUCUGCAGCUUCUAAGGAUGGACAAGCUCUGAACUUUUUUAAAGACUGUAUGCUUAGUGUACAACCUAAUUUUAUGGCAUGGAUAACGCCAACUGCAUGUGUAGAUAACAUACAAAUGCUGAUAGAGGUUGAACAACAACAGCUAUCAGAUGAAGAAAAACUAGAGGAGGAUACAAUCAGUUACUCCAUUAUUCUGUUGCAUAGAUUGUAUAAAUUAGCUGCUACAACGUUUGACAGUCAUUUAAAUAUUCAGAGGUUUGAUACAUUAUUGUUGGACAAGAUAGUAACAUUGGCCUAUAUGGGACACAAGCGACAACGUGCCCCUGCUUUAAAAGUUUUGCAGCAAGCUGUUGCAAUUAAUAUAUCUUUACGUAUUUGUGAAGACUAUCCUGCUUUAUGGGCAAAGUAUAAAGAAAAUUUACAAUCUACAUACUGUAAACGCAUGUUAUUGCUGGUAACAGUAUGUGAUCCAGAUUGGACUAUUCAGUGGAAUACCACUAUCCAGUUCCUUGGUACAGAUCUUCAUCGUGGUGCUAGUCUUAUCAAUAAUUUACUAAGUGUUGAGGAAAAAGCUUUUAAAUCUACUGAUCCUAUUAUACGCAGACAAGCUUUUCUUUCGUGGAAAUUAUUGAUUGACAAUUUUGCUUUAGAUCAUCAAGAACUUGCUACUGCCAGAAGGAUAAAAUUGCUUUGCAUUCCACUGAACGCUAAAAAUAGUAAAACUGAAUUAAUCGCAUUAACGAAAUUGGAAGUUUGGUGGCAUUUAAUUAUUAAAUUGUAUAAAGAUGUCGCAAAAUUUGCUACUCCCAUUAUUACGCAUUUCCUAAAUUAUUGCUUUGGACCACUUGGAGACACACCACUCCUUUCUUCUAAAUUUGACGUUGUUGCCUCUCCAGGCAAACGAUUCUUUAAGACAAAAGUAGUUGCAGUGGAUGCCUUGUAUCAAUUAAUUGUGAACAAGGAAGAUAUUUUGACAGUUUGUGGUCCAAUAUUAGAAGAGAAACUGCCUAAUGCUAUAUCUGACGCAGUAUUUCAAGAAUGUUCCAAGAGCAUUAUUCACAGCAUUGGAGAGGCUUUACUCAUUCUUGGUCAACUCACAGAUCAAGAAUUGAAAAGUCGUUUUCAGCGUGGCAAACAGUUGUGGGCAAGCUUGAUGACAUAUAUAAGAGAUACAGCACUCAAAGAAAAGGAUCAUUUGUAUAAAGAUGUAAUACUAGUUGUAACUGAAUUAGGGAAUCAUAUAAACAAACCUAUGGUGAAAGAUAUGAUUUUUGACGUAAUUCUGCCACACGUCCAUCAACUCGUGAAGGAUGCUGAGCUUCGUGACAACGCAUUACCAGAAUUGGUGUUAAAACUUUUAUCAUUUCCAAUGCUCGAGGAAGUGCCAAAGUAUCUCUCGGAUGAUGGAAAUGAUUCAAUUAAGUGCCUUUUGAAACGAUGUAUUAGUUCAGAAUUUACAUAUUCUUCAGGUGUGUUUGGAUUUCUGGAAACAAUAAUGGAAAAUUUGGAAGUAAACAAUCAACAUAGAGAUAUGGUAGUUUACUUGAACUUGUGGACUAUAAUAGCGGAAAUAUUAACAAAAUACAUGCAACAAUCUGAAGCCCAUAAAAACGAAUAUCAGUUUAAAAAUGUGAAGCCGAUUUUGGCAUUUCCAUUUCAAAUUGCAACUCAGAAAAAGCUUGAUCAGAUACAAGAGCAAAUACCAGCGUGGAAAGCUUUAUAUAAACAACUCGUGUUACAAUCAGAUUCGAUAAUUAAAAUAAAACCAAACGAAAUUUUAUUGGAUACUGCAAAUAUGAUGCGAGAUUGCUUAAGAACAAAUAAAAAUUGUUGUUCUCUCAUUGUAAACUGCUUUGACACUUUAUUGAGCACUCUUGAUUAUGAAUCCUUACUGGAUCGAGAUGAAAUUCCUUCUAUCUUGCAGUUAAUACUAGACGUUAUAACUGUUUCUUUUCACUAUAUACAAAACACUAACGCUGAAGCAACUCUAAAAACAUUAUCAGCUUUACUGAUUACUGUAUUUGGACACAAUUUAGAAAAAGUAGUGUUGUAUCUGCACAGAUGUAAAUCAGUGAUUGAACUUAUACUUACAUCGCAAAUGAAGGCAUCUGUCAAAGAAAUUACAAGCACAUGGGAAUACAUAAUCAGUAUCUUCAAAGGGCUCAAUAAACAUUUAGAUCGUGAACUUUUAUUAUCGUACAAACAAGUGAUUAUAACGGCCAUGAAACACAAUAAUUCAAAUAUAAGAUCUUUAACACAAUCUAUUUUUGAAGUUAGAGAUGGCUUAGACGAUAGCGCUAAGUCUGUUUUAGAUGAAAUAAGAAAAAUAGAAAAACCUGUAUCUCAUUCUACAUCUGAUAGUGUCGCAAAGAAAAAAGCAGAAGAAUCAAAAGAAGUGCGUAUGGCUGGCAGCUUUUUGAAUAGAAAAUCUAAUACAAACCUUACGUUAAAGUCGUUGCCCAAUGAUCCAUCAAAGAAGACUGUUAAAAAUACGCUUAAACUUGAACCUGAACCUGAUUCACAGGACUAUGUGUACAUAAAAACAGAUUUGAAAUUUGAUGUUAAUCGUUUGACUGAGCAUCAAAAAGAGACUUUAAAGAAAAAAAGAGAAGAUAUACCAGCAUUAUAUAAUGAUCUUUCUCAAUCAUCUUCGCAAAACUCGCAAAAUUUGCAAGAAUGGUUUGAUAUAAAAGCCAAAUGCAUUAACGAAUCGGAUAAAGCCAAUAAUAAGAAAAAUGAGCUCACACCACGUAAAUUCAUUGAUAACGAUGCUGACAAGAAACAUAAGGUCAAACAAACAGAAUAUUGUUCUUCACCGGGCAUAAUAGAUCAUAUUUAUAGUAAAAGAUUGGAUGAUACUGUUGAAGAAAAUAUCGUGGAUACAAAGCAAAACGAAGAUUUAAUGGAAAAAAUUGAGAAAGAAGGUUCUAAGAAAAAACAGGAUAAAAAGAUGGAUACAUCAAAACAGACAGAUUCCAAUUUGGCAUCUUCCAGUGGACAAAAAGCUAUAUCAGAAACAAACGAAAAAACGGCUGUAAAUGAAAUAAAAUCCAUUGCGAAAAAAUUAAAUUUUGAAUCUCGCGAGGAGUUUCCUGAAAAUAAAACACACGAACGAGGAUCAUCCCCGUCUAUGUUAGACAGUAACAAACGACGACAGUAUUACAAUCGUAAUAGUGUUACAAAAUUGAAUUUAUCGUUAAAAAGUGAUGAAACUGUGGAAAGUCAAAAAGAUUCAAGUGCGUCAAAUGUACAAAAAAUAUUGAAAGUGAAAAUUACUCAGGAAAAAUUGGAUACGAACGAUAAAGAAAAGGAGUCAGUUGACGACGCUGAAGUUAAAGACAAUUCCAAUGAAAAUAAGAAAGGCAUAAAGCGCAAAUACGUGUCAGAUACUGAAUCAGACGGAACCAUGCAACGUCGAAAGCGGAAAUUGGUUAGUGAGGACGGUGGUGAAACAUCGCGUUGCAGUGAUGUAUUCUCGGAUAUAGACAUGGAGAAUGUGACGAAACGUACGAAAAAUGAAAUAUCUCGUUUAAAAAUCGACAUGGUGUUCGACUGUCCUUCGGUAAAUCGUCGUCGAGUCAAACAUUCGGAUGACGAAAAAGAAACAAUUACGCAUGGGUUGAGAAAAUACGGGACACCUGACAAUAGGCAUUUGAAGUUGAAAUCGAUGGAUGCGAAAUUUACAGAAGGAUCAAAGAAAUCUCCAAAAUUGGAGAAGAAUGCGAAAGACGCAGAUGAUCACACAGAUCAAGGAAUACUUAAAAGGCGGGGGAGAAGAAGCACAAAACAAGAGGCCAACAAGAGUGAUUCGGACGUUAAUAAAGAAGUUAAAAGACUCUGCGAUACCAGUGACAAAAUAUCUGAAUCAAAGAGCUCGACGGACAUAGAUAGGACGCAUGCAGCUCCGACAUCUAGCCAAGCGAUAGAAGACGUAACGACUGAUACAGUAGAAAGUGAAAAACCUGAUAAAAACACUUUUGAGUCUGACACAAGUGUAAAGACUCCGGAGCUUGCGGAACCAAGUGGACAGAAUCAGGAAGACAUUGAGGAUUUUGUCGAAAGCUCGCAAAUUUCUACCGUUAGUUCAAAAUUAGAUAAAAAAUGUACUGAGAAACAAUGCUUUAUUAAGAUCAACAAAAUGAAUGUUAUUGUUAAGACUUCAGACAUGACUGAAAUUGAAAAAAAUUACGUACCUGAAUCCAUCCCCGUAGAUAGCGGUGAUGACAAUGUGCCCGAGUCAUGUGAGCAAUCAGCUGAGGCUAAUCCUAACAAUAAUACAGAAGUGAGCGAUGAGGGAGACAAAGAUAAUGUAAAAGACUUCGUUCAGGAGACUGAAAAUUCUAACACGAAGGUUUUAGUUGCGGAAGGUCAGAAGGCAGUCGACAAUACAUCGGCGACUAAAACUACAAGUGUAACUAGUUUUUCUUCGCCGAAAAGCGGUGGCAAAGUAUUUGCUAAGCCUAAAUCCUUCACGGGACGUGCUGCCCAUAUGCUAGGUUUGGUCACGAAAUCGCAUAUCGAAGGUGAUAGUUCAAGUAUUGCGCUCGAGGAUGAAUCGUCAGUGAAGAAGUCAAAAACCAAGGACGCGGAGAAUGAAACGAGCAAAAAGAUGCCGACGGUUAUGGAAAUGGAUAAAAUAGGCGGACCUUCCGGUAGCCGACAGGAAAAAAUUUUCAACAACAUGAGAUCGCACGAUUACUGUGCGCUUCCAUCGACAUUUACCACUUUGAAGAACGACGGCGAGAAACUUUCGUUUAAAUCGGACAAGACUUUGUCUGAUCCUUCAAUGGAAAUAUCAGUUGACAAAGACAAUGAACAAGAUGCAUCAUCCGCGCAUGAGAAAGAUGAUCUACCGAUGUUGGAAUGGUCAAGCGCUAAUCCACCGUCGUUAACUGCAUCACCGAGCGCUAGUAUUCUUAAACGUCACCGCUCGAGUGUACCAGAACCAGAUCUAGAUUUAACUCCUAAGCGAAAACGCGUGAGCUUUGCAGAUCCACCAGUAUCGAAAGAGAUGGGUUAUGAAAUCUCCACUACAGAUUCUUCAAAAACAACGAAAUGUUCUCUGACACGCGGUGCUAUGUCAAGGAAGGAUUCCUCGCUGAAGUUCAAGCAGAGCAAACUUAAAUUUGUAUCAACUGAUGCAGAAAAAGUAACAACUGAGAGUGACGCUCAAAACGAAAUUGACAUAGAGGAUACUGAAGCCGAGAGAAAGAGUGAAUCGCUAGAAAAAACAUUAUCUGAACUGAGUUUGGAAGCUAUGAUGGACAUUAAUGAGCCUGGCAAUGCUUCGGAAACCGAUAAUAAACACAAUUCCCAUUCAGAAAUUACGAUUAUCGAAGAAAUAGAGGUAAUGGAGGAAAUCGUAAUAGCUACGCCUAAUGUUUCGGAGAAUCAACAGCUUUCAACUUCGAAAGAUCCGCAAAACUCCGUUAAUAUGCUGACAGAUCACGUCGGAACGCAAGAUUCCGAAACACAGCAAGACAUCUUUGAUGGGGUAGACACGAAUAACAUCAAUACGUCUAUCCAAAAUAGUUCGGUGGAUUCUAUUAAACUGAAUGUGACUGAUGACUCUGUGAUAGCGGCUUUACCUACCAAAGACAGCAAUUCGAUAAACAUGGAGGAUACCGUAGACGUCCAGAAUAUUACUGAAUUGAAUUCCACUGCAAAUACAGAUGAUAUAUUUUGCGGAAAGCUAAUGCGCACCAGUACGCACGCGACAGAAAAUCUGACAGAGCAGGACACUUUGCCGGUGACAGACUCCAUAUUUUCGAGUUUGGCAAGCCAAGACACUCAAAGUCAACCGACACAGAAUAAUGCGCAGGUCGAGCCCGAAUAUCUGGAUUCCGUCCAGCCUUUUUAUCCAACAUUGUCGUCGUGCGUGGAACCAAUCGACACUAUCAUCGAACAGUUAACUUAUCCUAUGUGGAAACGAAACUUAUGCAGCUACUUUGGAAACAGAAGUAUAAACACGAUCGGCGAGUUGGCCAAAUUAUCGGAACGCGAAAUUAGCAGAUUGCCCGUGAAAGGUAAAUCAAAGAUCGAAUAUGUGAAGAAUGUUCUGCAACGUUUUGAAAGCACAAGCAUGCCGCAAGCGAAUCCUCCCUCCGAAAGCGUGUCAAAUGUCACGGAAGUGCAGAAACGAUUGCCCGCGGUGGAGAAUCCGCCAACUGUACCAUUCGUUCCGGUAUCCAACAUAGAAACAGUAUCUACGACAAUGAACAAUACAACCUUAAGCUGUAACAAGCCGCUUAAUCUGCCUACUGGAAAUGUUUCUAAUAACCAACCGACAGAGAAUUUGGAUAAAACACAGUCUAUUAACAGUGAAACGGAUAUAUCAUCAGAAUCAAUGUAUUCUGGAAGUUUUGCUCUGCCAACAUUGGGCACUUUUAGAGACACUGAACAGACAGGCGCGGCGAUACUGAUCGCUCAAAACACGCCUGCAAUAUGUACAAAUAACAUUAUAUACAUGCCAGCUUCUCAAUUAACCUUCGAAAAUAUUGCAACUGUGAACGAAGCACCGUCUUCAAGUGGGCACGCAAACAUGUCGUCAUCAUCUUCUACUACUACUACUACUACUACUACUACUACUACUACUAAAUUCAGACGCAUAUUACCUCGUCCAUAUUUAAACGAAUGUGGACCCGAGAUAAUUCUCCCACCACUCAAAACGUACAUAAAAAGGCGAGAGGAACCUGUUGUUAAGCGAGAUGAACCUGUCAUCAAGCGAGAUGAACGUGUCGUCAAGCGAGAUGAACGUGUCGUCAAGCGAGAUGAACGUGUCGUCAAGCGAGAUGAACCUGUCGUCAAGCGAGAUGAACCUGUUGUCAAGCGAGAUGAACCUGUCGUCAAGGGAGAUCAACCUGUCGUCAAGGGAGAUCAACCUGUCGCCAAACGAGAUCAACCUGUCGUCAAGCGAGAUCAACCUGUCGUCAAGCGAGAUCAACAUAUGGUUAAGCGAGAUGAACCCGUCAUCAAGCGAGAUGAACCUGUCGUCAAGCGAGAUAAACCUGUUAGCACGCGAGAUGAACCUGUUGUUAAGCGAGAUAAACCUGUCAUCAUGCCAGAUAAAGCUGUCACGCAAGAUGAAGCUGUCACCACGCACUCGUCCGUCGGUACCAAUACCGAAAGUACUUCGAAAAGGAAGAUUACUAUGUCCGUUGAAUCUCAAAUGACAACUUCGGAUUUACUAGAUGAAAUCGACGUAAAUCUUGUGUUGGAAAAUGCAGUUAGAAGAUGCAGUCCUGAGGCGCUCCUUUCGCGAUACAAGCCACUUUAUUUUCAGACAAAGAUGGCGCAUUUGAACGACACUGAAUUGGUAAAGGAAACCCUGAGGAUGCUCGAUGUGCCGUGCAGUCACAAAUUCAAUGAAUUGUCGUUAAAAUCAGCAGCCCGGGCGUGCGGUGUCAGCAAAGUUCUCCUUAGGUUACCUGACAUCUUCAAUUCCGACAAACAAUUCUUCGAAAAAGUGCUUAACGUGUACAGCAAGAAGCUCAGUAUAAACGAUUGUUUGAACGUUUUCGAUUUUAGCAAAGUAAAAAGCGCGAUCUUGCAAAAGUGCACGUCGUCUGAACUCGUCGAGAUGCUGUCCGACAAAUUGAAGGAGGACCAGCAAGAAGGCAUUACACAACCUGUGCCGACGUUGUCCAGCCUCGACGCGAUGUUACAAAGAUUGCCGAUGGAUGUGAUCAUUAGUCACACCGUGGCGAAUGAGGAACUUAUUCCGGCGUCGGUAGUUCUCGACAUAGCUUUGCAAAACAACAGCUCGGGAGACAUAGCGCAGGCAUUAAACCAGUCCCCUGUGCUGGCCAAACGUGUCCUGGACAAACUGUGGACGAAUCAAUACACGAUCGCGAAUAUCGACAAUGAUGAAGUAUCCAAAGAGAGUUUGCUUAACAUUUUUAAGAGUGUGUGCUCGAAAUUGACUGAGCAAGAAUUGUUGAAUGCGUUCCACGAGGCUAUGUCAAGCAAGCUCAUAAAGAGUGAAAAGAAAUAAGUCGGAAUUGACGGAAAUCACAAUUCUAGAUUUAGUAUCGAACAACGUGACUGAUGUGUGUUUCUUUUUUUCUUUUUUUUUUUCCAUAAAAGUAUCGACAUAUCUUGUAUAUUGAAACCAAUUAUUUCACUUAUCUUUCUAAAAUGCUGAUUAUUUGAAUUUGUUUGUGACAGUUACUUCAUAUCUGCAUCAUGUAAUCACUUAACGACUUCUACGUUAUCUCUGUUACCACUGCUAAUUUAAUCGGUUUCACUUGUAAGUAUUCAUCAUGUUAAGCAAGAUACACCUUAUAUUUACAUUUUCAUACUUGUAAACAAUUAUGUGAAUGUUACAUUAAUUCUCGUAAUACCAGGCAGAUUUCAUGUAUUGUGAUGAUAAGAGAUGAUUUGUGUUUAUUAAAUAAAAUUAAUACUCUUGUAUGGAAUGAUUAAUAAUUGUAGGAGAAAGGUUUUCUACGAAUGAUAAAGAAAAAUAAUUUUUUUUUUAACAUGAA